AUGAGCAAGGCUCACAAGGGUAACUUGGUGCAUGUUAAGGCGGUUGCUGCAUUGUUGACGAAAAACGGCACAUUCAGCCGCAUUUCCUCGGAGUAUGGCGUAUCAGUGCAUGCCACUCCAAUUGAAAAAUUAGAAGAUGAAGCGCAGACAUCGAUCCCUAUUGAAAUUGUGGUGAAGAACGACGAAGUUGAAAACGCUAAAAAUGCCAAGAAAGCUAUCGUUUCUACUGUCAACAAGAUCACACCACUGCAGACGAAAAUUGUUUCCGACAUUGACUAUUUCUUAAUGGACAAGGUCCCGGAAACCCUUGAUACAGUGGAAGGUAUUCAGUACGUCGUCUUUAAGAACACUAUUGUGUUGUUUGACGUCAACGAAGAGGAUGGCGAGGAUUUCGAGGAUUUUGAAGAGUCUGGGUCUGUGUUGGAUACAGCAGACAAGGCCCUUGAUUCUUUGAGGGAAAUUCUGUCUUCAUUAGCCACAAAAGUCAUCUCUAUCCCCUCCAAAGAACAACACGGGAUUGAAGGACCAAAUGGUACGACUAUAAGAAUUCUCUUGGACUCGUUAAAACCAGGUACUGUUGAAGUGAUAUUACACCUGAAUGGAAAAGAGCAGUCUCCGGAUGAGGUGUAUAUACACGGAUACAAGGCUGAGGUGGAUCAGGUUGAAAAGGACAUGCACACCAUCGUAAGCGAAAACAAAAGGUUUGAUGAAACCCUCAAGUACAAGACAACACUUGCUAUCCCCACUUCGGCUGUACCUCGUUUAAUUGGUAAGAAUGGAGCCAACCUCAAGAAAUUGAGACACGACUUUGGGGUCAAGAUUGACAUUGCCGAUCAAAAGGAUAGCGAGAGUGCAACAGACAAGACACUGAAGUCAGAGGUUGUCAUUUCGGGAAUCAAAUGGAAUGCUGAUCGUGCCAAAAUUGCAAUUGCCGAGGCCGCAAAAAAAUUGGCUGACGACACUUUGGUUCGUAUCCGUAUUGAGGCGGAGUACCACCGCCGUAUAAUUGGCCCUAACUUCAGUACCAUCAACAGAUUGCAAGACAAGUACAAUGUGCGGAUCGGCUUUCCAUCAGAAGGUAAGAGCGACAGCACUGACGCAAAGAGAAAUGAGGUGACGAUCCGCGGUCCUUCAAAGGGAGUAUCCAAGGCCGAAGAAGAAUUGAACGAGUUGUACAAGUUCGAAAAGGAGAAUGGACACAAGACCACUCUUCAUGUUCCAACUAAGGCUAUUGCCAGGGUGAUUGGCCGCAAUGGUGAAACCAUCAGAGAUAUCGCCGAUAGCACUGGUGUCGACUACAGAUUCAAACGUGACAGAGAACAAGAGGAUGAAACCGGCAAUGCCGAAAUUGAACUCACUGGUUCAAGAACUGCAUUGAAGGAGGCAAGUGAAAAAAUCAAGGAAAUUGUUUCUGAAGUUGAAAACACAGUCACUAUCACCGUGAAUGUCCCACCAAAGUACCACCGCGAUUUAGUGGGCCCUAGCGGAUCAGUCAUGCGUGGAAUUAUUUCCAAAGCAGGUGGUGACAGCUUGUCGACUCAACAAUAUUCCCGUUUAUUGCGGAUUCCUCAUGAAGGCUCAGACCUGGAUGAGGUCGUGUGCCAGGGAAAUCUCAAGAUAGUUGAGAGCAUUGUGGAACAAAUCAAGCAACUUGUUGCAGAAAAAGAGGCCACAGUAACGGAGAAGUAUGACUUAGCAAAAGAAAAGCACAAGUUGGUUGUCGGUCCUGGUGGCAGUGUCAGACUGCAAUUGCAAGAAGAAUUCGGUGUGCAGAUCCACAUUCCAAGACCCAAUGAGCCAUCCACUGAUAUCAAAUUAGUUGGCUUGCCUGAGAAGAUCUCUGCUUUGAGAGCAAAGUUGGACGAGCUUACCAAGGAUAACUGGAGCCGCAGUAUUGAUGUUCCUGAAGCAUUCCAUGCGUGGGUUUCCGAGAGGGGUGCCAUUUUGAAGCGCUUGCGUACUGAGGUUGGUGUCGAUGUGACACAUGGCAACUUAACACGUAAGGCGACCAACUUAUCCAAUGCGGCUAUCCCUGCACCACCAGCGAAUGCUGUACCUGAAGACGAGACUUCUAGCAAAUUCACCACAACAGAAUUUGUGGUGAGUGGGUCCGAAAAAUCCAUUCCAUGGCGUUUUAUUGGCGAGGAAUCAGCGGCGAAGAAAGCUGAGCUGAUGAUUGUUGAGCAAUUGAAUAAAGCCCAGAAUGUUACACAUGUGGCGUGGUUCUACUCUCCAAAGGCAUCGAGCGACUUCCCAAAGAUUGUGGGUCCUCAAGGUUCCCGAAUCAACAAGAUCCGUAAGAGCACAGGUGCCUUCAUCACAGUUCCACGUGCAAAUGAAGCUCACCACGACUUUAUCUACUUGGCUGGUACAGAAGAGAGUUUGCAAAAGGCGCAAGAGGCGUUCGCCAAAUUGCUUUAG